GGGUGUUUUUCCCCCAGCCGAGAUCGGGCAGCAGCGUCCGCCAUGCAGAGGCCGGGCGGCUCCCGCGUGUGCAUCGUGUGCGGGGAAGGCGGGCGGGGCGGCGCCAAGUACCGCUGCCCGGGCUGCCGGGAGAGAUAUUGUUCAGUGUCCUGCUGCAAGAAACAUAAAGAACAAUGUGCCCCCAAAGCAGAGCCGCGUCCGCAGCCUUCAAGUCAAGAAAACUUCCCAGAGGAUGGCAUCAUGAACAGUGAAGGGACGUUCUGGUCAGUGGAUGACAUUUUGACAGAAGAUGAUGAGGACGAUAAGGUGCCCCUGCAGAACCUUCGGCUCUUGGGAGAAUCUGAAGAACUCAAAGGCCUCCUCCUCAACCCCCACCUUGGCCAGCUGCUUCUCACUGUCGACCAGGCCAAAGACAAGAGUGCCGUCCUGAAGACAUACAUGCAGGAGCCCCUCUUUGUGGAGUUUGCAGACUGUUGCCUGAGGAUUGUCGAGCCUCCCGAGAAGGAGAACGAAUGCCCAGAGUGAUUUUUUGUCUGUUUGUGCGGAGCAGGUCCGUUUUAUAACCCUGACAGCUUUCCGUAACCUCUGGAAAUGUUUCCUGGCCAACCACGAGCGAACAGCUGAGAAAGAAAGACAUUGCAUUAAGGGAGUAUAA